GUCCACUCUCCCGCCCCCUCUCACACACAAACCCGCCGUCAAUGCGCGGCGCACUGGCACCGACUGUGCUGUGGGUGUCUGUGGAAAAAAAAAUAAUAAUAAUUAAAAAAAAGAGUCAUUUUUUUAGGGGAGCGGGGGUGCGGGGGGUCUCUAAAGGAACAAGGAGGAGAAAUACUGCUGACUUUUUUUUUUCCCCCCUCCUCACGCGUGGUGGACUAGAUGGCAGGGGCUCAGCCAGGAGUCCACGCGCUGCAGCUCAAGCCGGUGUCCGUGCCCGAGAGCCUCAGACGGGGCAACAAAUUCAUGAAAUGGGACGAUGACUCCACCACUGUGAGCCCCGUGACGGUAACCGUUGACCCCAAAGGCUACUUCCUCUACUGGACUGACCAAAGCAAGGAGACCGACUUACUGGACAUCGCCUACAUCAAAGAUGCCCGCAAUGGAAAAUGCACCAAAACUCCAAAGGAGGCAAAACUGCGCGAGCUGCUGGAUACCAGCACGCUGGCGGGUAAGAUGGAGAACAAGAUGCUGACGGUGGUGAGUGGCACCGACAUGGUCAACAUCACGUACCUGAACUUCAUGGCCUUCCAGGAGGAGACAGCCAAGGAAUGGGCGGAGGAGCUUUUCGCUCUUGCUUCCAAUCUGCUGGUGCAAAAUAUGUCCAGAGAGGCCUGCCUGGAAAAAGCUUACACGCGACUCAAGCUGCAAUUGAACCCUGAAGGUCGAAUCCCCGUCAAGAACAUCUUCAGGGUGUUCUCGUCGGACCGCAAGCGGGUGGAGACGGCGUUGGAAAAUUGCAACCUUCCCUCGGGCAGAAACGACUCCAUACCCCAAGAAGAUUUUACGCUGGAGGUGUACAAUCUGUUCCUCAGCAACAUCUGCGCCCGGCCCGAGUUGGACCACAUCUUUUCAGAUGUGGGUGCAAAGAGUCGCCCGUACCUUAGCGUGGAGCAGAUGACGGAGUUCAUCAACAGCAAGCAGCGAGACCCCCGACUCAAUGAGAUCCUGUACCCGCCUCUCAAGCCCGAGCAGGUCCAACAGCUGCUGGAUAAAUACGAACCCAACGCUGCGCUCGCGCAGAAUGGUCAGAUCUCGGUGGAGGGCUUCGCCAGGUACCUGAACGGCGAGGAGAACAGCAUCAUCCCCCCAGAGAAGCUGGACCAGAGUGAAGACAUGACCUUUCCCCUCUCACACUAUUUCAUCAACUCCUCUCACAACACCUACCUCACAGCGGGGCAGCUGGCAGGCAGCUCUUCGGUGGAGAUGUACAAGCAGGUCCUUCUGUCCGGCUGCCGCUGCAUCGAGCUGGACUGCUGGAAGGGGCGUACCACUGAAGAAGAACCUGUCAUCACCCACGGCUUCACCAUGACCUCCGAGGUCUCCUUUAAGGAGGUGAUCGAGGCCAUUGCAGAAUGCGCCUUUAAGACCUCACCUUUCCCUGUCAUCUUGUCUUUCGAGAAUCACGUGGACUCACCCAAGCAGCAGGCCAAGAUGGCCGAAUACUGCCGCUCGAUAUUUGGCGACGCUUUGCUGACAGAGCCUCUAGAAAAGUAUCCUUUGGAAUCUGGUGCGCCUCUACCAAGCCCAAUGGAACUGAUGGGCAAAAUCCUGGUCAAGAACAAAAAGAAGCACCUCAAGGCGUCGUUGGAUGGCAGCGCCAAGAAGAAGCUGUCGGAACAGGUGUCGAACACCUACAGCGACUCGUCCAGCGUCUGCGAGCCUUCUUCGCCCGGAGCCGGGUCCACAAAGGAGGAUGUGACAGAGACAUCCCAGCCAGUAGAGGGCGCUGAGCUCUGCCUGAGGCCACAGGGAAGGAAAUCCAUCGGGGAGGUGGAGGCUGAAAGUGAGGACGAGGACGAAGACGACGAUGACUGCAAAAAGGGAUCCAUGGACGAGGGCACGGCAGGCAGCGAGGCAUUCGCCACGGAAGAAAUGUCCAACUUAGUCAUCUACAUCCAGCCUGUCAAGUUUAACAGCUUUGAGGCAUCCAAAAAGACCAGUCGCAGCUACCAGAUGUCGUCCUUUGUGGAGACCAAAGCUUUGGAGCAGCUCACCAAAUCUCCCGUCGAGUUUGUUGAAUACAACAAAUUGCAGCUCAGCAGGAUUUACCCAAAAGGCACCCGAGUGGACUCCUCCAAUUACAACCCUCAACUCUUCUGGAAUGCCGGCUGCCAGCUGGUGGCGCUCAACUUCCAGACCAUCGAUCUCUCCAUGCAGCUCAACCUGGGCAUGUACGAGUACAAUGGCAAGUCAGGCUUCCGGCUCAAACCGGAGUUCAUGAGGCGGCCCGACAAGCACUUUGAUCCGUUUACCGAGAGCACCGUGGAUGGGAUCGUCGCCAACACGCUCUCUGUCAAGAUCAUCUCGGGCCAGUUCCUGUCGGACAAGAAGGUGGGCACCUACGUGGAGAUCGACAUGUUCGGCCUUCCCGUGGACACCAAGCGCAAAGCCUUCAAAACCAAAACAUCACAGGGCAAUGCCGUCAAUCCCGUGUGGGAUGAGGAGCCCAUCGUCUUCAAGAAGGUGGUCCUGCCCACACUGGCCUCGCUCAGGAUUGCCGUCUUUGAGGAAGGCGGCAAAUUCAUAGGGCACCGCAUCAUACCCGUCUCGGCCAUACGGCCAGGUUAUCAUUACAUCAACUUGAGGAACGAGAAGAACCAAACUCUGACACUUCCUGCUCUCUUCGUGUAUGUGGAAGUCAAAGAUUAUGUUCCCGACACGUUUGCCGAUGUCAUUGAAGCCCUGUCCAACCCCAUCCGCUACGUCAACCUAAUGGAGCAGAGAGCCAAUCAGCUGGCUGCUCUUACCUUGGAGGAGGGCGGGGACGAUGAGGCUGAUAAGGAGGUGGAGGCGGGCAGCGACCCCCCCUCGGAAUCCAAGACAGACCCCAGGGCCGCGGUGCCUGCAGAGAACGGACUGAGCCACACCUCAAUUGCCCCCAAGCCGCCAUCGCUGGUUGGACAUCAGUCUCAAUCUGCAGGUUCUUUGAAGCCACCUGUGAAGACUGAAGACAUCAUCCAGAGUGUCCUCACGGAAGUGGAAGCUCUGACGCUGGAGGAGCUGAAGCAGCUCAAGGGCUUUGUACGGGAACAGCGGAAGCAGUACAAGGAGAUGAAGGAGCUGGUACGCAAACACCACCGCAAGACAGCCGAGCUCAUCAAGGAACACACGGCCCGCGUGGGCGAGCUGCAGAGUCAGCAGCAGCGAAGGCGCAAUGCCCUGCACAAGAGCCACAAACGAGAUGGUAAGAAAAGCCGGUCGGAACAGUCGCUGUCCACGCUGGACCGGGAGCUGUGCGAUUUGGACCAGGAGUGUGGCCAGCGUCUUUCCGACCUGAAGGAGCAGCAACAGCAGCAGCUCCUCACGCUGCGCCAGGAGCAGUACUACAGCGAGAAGUAUCAGAAGAGAGAGCAUAUCAAGCAGCUGGUGGAGAAACUGAACGCCCUGGCCGAGGAGUGUCACGGUGCGCAGGUGAAAAAGCUGAGAGACAUCUGUGAAAAGGAGAAGAAGGACCUUAAGAAAAAAAUGGACAAAAAGAGACAAGAGAAGAUCAGCGAAGCCAAGUCGAAAGACAAGAACGUCACGGAGGAAGAGAAGCUGGAGAUAAACAGGUCGUUUGUCAAUGAGGUGGUGCAGUACAUAAAACGGCUGGAGGAUGCGCAAAGUAAACGACAGGAGCGACUGCAGGAGAAACACAAGGACAUACGACAGCAAAUUUUGGAUGAAAGGCCAAAGCUGCAAAGUGACCUGGACCAGGAGUACCAAGAUAAGUUCCGCCGGCUGCCCGUGGAGAUCCAGGAAUUCGUCCAGGACAGCAGCAAAGCCAAGCCAGGCGACGCUAACCUCGCCGCUUUCUCCUCCUCCACGGCCGAGCGGCUCAACCACAAAACUUCGCAGUCGGAGGACGACACCGAGGAAGCCUCGCUGGAGCGGGUCUACGACACGCCCCUUUAAAGGUGGACUGCGGUUGUGUUUGUGAACUGGUCUGAAGACUCAUUGCGGUGAGUAGCUGUGAUCCGGACCCCCCGUGUAAAUAGUACUCCUGUUGUAUUUGUAUUUCACCUGUGUGGUGUUGUCACCGUUUGGAUGCGGCCACAGUUUGUGUCACUAACUAUUGAAGGAAUAACUUACUUGAACUAUUGCACAUUUUGAUUUUCUUUCAUGGUGAUGUCUGGUCGGCCUUUUCUCCUACCCCUUUUUUUUUUUUUUUUUUUGCACUGAGCGCUCACCUCCCGACAUUGUGACAGAAAAGGUUUACCCAGAAUCUCUUUUUUUCUAUUUUGUUCUCACAGAACGAUGCUGCUAUUUCCUUUAAAUGCCACCGUUUUACCUUUGAUCAAUGUUUGUGCAAUGUUUAAUUUGACCAGGAUGUGUACAGUUUCUGCAUGUACUCAAACUAACUAUACAUGUGAUGGUACCUCUGUAGUGAUUGAUUUGAAAAGUGGACUGAUUUACAAAGAUUAAGACAAAUAUUCAAACAUGCAGGAUGCUUUUGGGGAAAUCACACUUGUACAGUGAAGGCCAAGCUGCAUAUUUGUAAUCCGGCAUUUGCAAAUUCACCUGUUGCAAUUUUGGGGGGCGGGGACCCAUCCUCUGCUGUUCUGAAAAAAGUAUUUGCUGUUUUUGUGCUCAGGCAAAAGCAAUAACAGCCGCCACUGCCUUGGCACCAUAAGUGGCAUUUUGAUUUCAAGAAAAUGAGUUUAGGAGCUGAAUUUAGACAAAAGUAGUCCAGGAUGGCCAUUUUGAUCAAUCUAGUGUAGACAAUUACAAAUACUUUUUUUUGGGGGGGGGGGUGUCUGACACAGGUUUUCACUUUGGUUACACCAAUAUCGUAAUGGAAUGUUUGCUAACCAAGGCACACAUUUCAUAGUGUUUUCCAAUCACUGAUCUAAUCUACAUUUAUGGCUACAUUUUUAUUUUAAUUCAUUCAGGACUGGAACAGUAUUUUAUAGAUGAAGCAAAAUUAUCAAGACAAUGCCAUAGCACAGCCAAAC